CACUGGUGUGCUAGAAAAAACCGAGAAAUGUAAAGAAGUGAAUCCGUAUCCGUCCUCCCAUCUCUUUAGAUCUUCGCAGGACGCAAAUGGAUUCAUACUUUCUGAAGUAAGAGAACGAGGGAAGAAGUGUGUCAUGAACAUGACAAUAACAAUGAAAAUGAGGUGGGUAUGAAGCAAAAGCAGCUGUGUACUUUGUCGAUGAGAGAACUACGUCGAAGCAGUGAGUCGGACUCACCCCUCGGUCGUGGGAGACGUAGUUCAGCUGCUGCUGUCUGUACUAGUAUUGCUACUGUUGACUGAGUACAUAAGCGGUCGAGGAGUACUACUAGGGAUGCCAAUCAAUCAAUAGUUCUCCGAAUCCGAAAUAACAAGAAGGGGGAUUAUUUCCAUGUACAGUAAAAGAACAAAAAAAGAGAUUGACAAGAAGGGAUCACCACUAGGAGAACCAUCUUCGACGUCCACAUCGAAGAGCUCGAAGAUGAAACUUCUACCAUCGUCCCGUAGUAUUACGGGUGUAGGGAAUUCAUCUCCAAAGUCAUCUGGAAGAUUAUAAUAUAAAGACAAGAGGAAAAUCAAAAUGGCGCCCAGAUGAUCCCCGAGAUGAGUUCCCUACGCCUCUAAUAGCAGUCGUCUAUUGCGGAGCACUUUUUUCACUUGUGCUUCUUCAGGAGUAUUGGCGGCAGAGCGGAAGGACCAAAACCAGCAAAUCCAUGUGGAUGCUACAGCUAAGGUUAGCACUUAUUAACCAGCUUUCUCGGCAUCGUGGUACCCUUUUCCCUUGUAUUUCGUGGGAAAGUUUGGGAGGAGAUAAGAAGAUGAGAAGCUUUGGCGCAAUGUAACCGUCCUGCCAAGAAGAUAAGAAGAUGAAUAAAAGCUGACUCUAACGCAGGUGUCGACGGAGAUGAAAAGACUGGACGCCUCAUGCGAAACGAAGCAUCUGAAUCUUCGGGAUCGCUACAUCAUGAGUAUGAUUAUGAAGGAAGAGGAAAUCUUAUAUUCUAGGGUCUAGUAGGGCUAGUUUUAGUCUUCAUCUAAGUAAUUGAUCGUUGUUUUCUCGUCCUCUCUCAUUUCAUGAUCCAGUUUUUUAGGAUGAGGAUCGAUACGACGAGACCUUGAACUUUAAUAUGUUCGUUGGAGAAGGAUAGUUGUAACUGGUACUACAACGACUACGAGGUUUAUUUGAAGAGUCUGCUGUGGUCCACGUUUGUCCACGUUUUCUUUUUCUACGACCACUUCAUCAACAUCUCAAUGAUGUUCCUUAUGCACCAUCGUGGAACAUGAACUUUACAUCAAACACUUCCAAAAACCACAAGAGAAACAGGAAGAGGCUACUAUCGAGGACAGCUUCUACAACAUUAAGGCGAGUGUCGGUCUUUAUGUUCUUCUUUUCAGAAGGGACAAUCAGGCUGAAAGGGCCUCAAUCCCAUUUGAGAGGUGGAUGGUCAAUGAGGUAGCAUGACAUGACAUGACUCUCUGGUAGUCGGGAGUACAACCACUCAUGGUAGUCGGGAGUACUGCUCAUGGUAGUCUGGAGUACAACCACUCAUGGUAGUCGGGAGUACUGCUCAUGGUAGUCGGGAGUACCAGCUCAUUGAUUCAUGGUACUACCAUUUUAUUCAUUAGUCCUCUGGAGUACCUCCACUACCCCUUCCAAUUCCAGCAGAAUGAGGAACAUAGAAAACAGUACGGCGCUUGCGGAAAUGGAGAGGACCGAAAGCGGCUGGAAACGUGGAUCUGUGACCAUCAGCUACACUAUUAAGGAUAGCCAACUACAUCUGUGAACGAAAAUCACACUUAUAACAGAGUAGUUUAUAGCACGCGUGGUGCAUGGAGUAGCAUGGAGCGCAGAGCUUUAAGGGGCGCAAGAAGCUCCCCCUUUAGCUCCAUGCUACUCCAUGUGAUCCAUGCUCUCCAUGCCAUGCGAGCUGUGAAACCUUACAAAUUGCUCUGUUAUAAAUACUGAGCAUGUCUGUGUUAGAAAGUCUUAGUAUUUUUAGUGUCACUGAUGUGAGUCAGAGUCUUACUCUUACUUAGUACUAUUAAUCUUUUGAGUAGUACUAUGAGUUACUUGUUUAGUAGGUACUAUGAGUCUUAGUUUAUGAAACCAUGACGCGCUACUGAGAUACUGCUACUCCUGAGGUGUAUAUUUUAGUUGUACUUCUUCAUCAUCAUCAGUUCAAAACCGCUCUUCUAAUCUAGCGCCCUUCUGUCAUCGCAAAACGCAACAGAUAUCGAAUUCGAAGGCGAAGGUCUGCUUUUUUGAAACCGACGAAGCUGAGUGCAAGAGGUUGUCGUACUGCGAAUGGGCUGGUAUAGAUAUUAAUCAUCAUGAAUCGAAUUCGAACCACCAGUGCCAGUAAUAGGCUAGAUUACCAAGUGAAGCUAGAAAUUGCCAGGGAAACCAAAUCUUAGGCAAUCCGCUAGACAGAUACAGAUUCACAUCGUCACUCAUAAUGAAUAUAGCUUGAAACACAUCACAACAGCACACAAUAACAAACCGGUUUGGCGAUUUUGUGAGCACGAGUUCGCCAUGAGAUAUCCGGCUUAUGGAGGUCCCGUUUUUCAUUCGCGGAGCUGUGUUUAAGACUCGUUGAAACAGUUCACAUUUGAAUUUGUAAACUCUAUUUGACAUGACUCUUCAUUGAUAUAUUUGCACACUCGAUUAUUUGACUGGUGCCGUAUGUCUAUCGGGGUCACAACGGAGCCAGGCAGUUGCUUGUAGCUGCUAUGUGGCGCGACAGAAUGAAGUAAUAAGGAAACGUGUCAAAGACGUAGUAACGCAAUAAAGAUGAUGUGCUUCGACUUUCGACAUUCUCUAAUGUGUGAAACAAUGUGUGAACUUCUUCACGCGAUGUCUGGGCGCCUCAUCGAAAACUUAAGGCAGCUCGACGACUUUAGAGCAACUGUAUUGUUAAAAUGCAACUACAUAUCGCAUUGCAUCUCCAGGAACUGUUUCAUCUCGACGCUGCUGGUUCAGAAGAAUCAUCUUCGAUCUGGGAAGAAUAAUCUGAGAUCGGAUCGCAGCAUCGAUGUUCUUCUGAGAAAUUUCAGAAAUCCGAUUUCUAAAAACCGUCAACUAUGACAAGUAGUCAGGUUAGCACCAGCGGCAUGCGUAACAGUUGCGGGUCCAAGGGCGAACUCUGUUAUGAGUUGUAGUGCUCAUGUUGAUGUCAGCAGAUCUAUGUAAGUAGUAGAUCUACAACUUCUGCAUGAACUACUUGUACUAGAAUUUGUAGAUAAAAAUGUUGAUCACACCUUGCAAGGAGCACACCUUGCAAGAUCCAGGAGCACACCUUGCAAGCACGAUCCAAAAGAGUUGAUCUCAUGAGGAGACAUGGAAAAAAGUGCAGAGAAGGAAAAGAGAGGGAGAAGAAAAAUGCACAAUAACCACCUAAUUAACUUGACCUCUUGCCCGGCACAUCAAUCAAUCAAUCACGACCACCAUUAUAGCUACACCUCGUGGUCUGUCUCCUGCUUUAGCUUUGUGUCUCUAAUAGAAUUGGCAAGCGUUAGAAGAUUUCACAUGCUCAGGACCGGACGGCGCAGAAACUGACUGGGAGUUGGACGAGCGCCUUGCGAGAUUCACCAAGAAUUGUGCACGUACUUUCGUAAUUCAUACAUUUUUAAGAGAAUAGCUACAAGUACUGUUGAACGAAGAAGGAGCUCCACUCUGAGAUCAUCUUUUCCCCAGAAGUAUUUUUGGUCAACAAUCAAGACAAGAUCAAGAGUUUUUGGCACAACUUUCUCUACAUACAUUUUGAAUUAACCAGCGGUAGCGAAGGAUCCGGUUCAGUGCAUUUCUAGUGAUUAUUUUUUUUGAAUCAACCGGCGACAGCGAAGGACCCGGUUCAGUGCAAUUCUAGUGGAGCGUGGACCGGUCAUCGAAGUUUCAGCCUGUUGUCUUUAAGGCUAGUUUUUCUCCUUCCCGUGUUUCAUCUCACCAAUGGGAAGAGUGAGAGGAUAAAAAUCAUUUGAGGUGCACUGAUGAUGAGCGAGGGAGUAUCUAUGCUGAGUGGCGGCCCCCUUAUUUUCAAGGAGGUAUCAAGAGCUUGAAUCAAGCAAGGGGUACGCAGGGCAUCUCACUUGACAGUUAGGGGGUAGUGAAAAACUACUUCGCUAAUGUCUUCGGCAUUUGCAGCGUUGCUCACCGUCUACUACUCGCUGACAGGUGGAAGCCUCCUGCUGCUCUAG